AUGCCGUGGACGAUUCUUUGGACGGCGGUAGCACCGGUCCUCUGUGUAUUACUAUCACUCGGCACACCGGCCUCGGCUUUGAGUACCCACUCUGAACGCCUAGCUGCAGCUCUGAAUGCCCCGGGUGCGUUCCAGUCGCAGCUCAAACCAUGUCCAGCGCCGUGUGCUAGCCACGAGCCCCAGCACUGGACUGUCUAUGCUUCCUUUGACCGGCUCUCCUUCUGCCAUGAGCCAAUUCUUUUCGAUAUCGCCAUUCACACUCCUGUCAAUGACUCUUCUAAGACGCUAAAGUUUCGCGCCUGCACCACAGGUGAUGGCUGGGAUGAGUCUAGGAAUGCCGGUGCAAUUAGUGGAACGGUCUAUGCGGGCCCCUCCGUUCGGGAGUCCAAGGUGACGCUACAGGUUGCACAACAGAAAUCUGCAGGAGCAGCUGAAGGCACCAGCGAGGAUGUAAUCACCGUGCUCACGCAGGUGCAGGCAUACCUCCACGCAGGGAUUGACUGCACCAAGAAUAUUAUGCUAGGUUACUACAAGGGGGUGGUUGUCGGCGUGUAUGCCGGCCAGGCAUUGGGUAAAGCUACAGCUUCAUCGGUGAUGGGCCAGGUCCUCUCCAAGUUCAAGGGAGCGGCUCCCGCGACCACGCUUACACAGCUCUGCGGUGAUCAGCGUGACGCAGACCAUGUCUUUGGUAUUGCCACUUCAACCGUAGCGGACCUUUCUGCUGUGCAGGCCGCACUGGUAUCAUGGAGUCAAGGGAAAUGUGAGAGCGGACUCGGCGACGCGACCUCACUCCCGAAUGUCAGUAUCUGGGAGGUACCGCAACAUCCAGUCGGAAGGAACACUACCACAACUUCAAAUUCUACCGGUCAGGAGCUUGAUGCGCCCCUCCUCGCUCGCACAACCAAAUACUGCAAAAAAAGGACGGUUGUCUCGGGUGACAUCUGCCAGUCUCUAGCCAAGGCGUGCGGUAUCACCCUCGACCAGUUCUACAAGUACAACUCCAAGGAAAUGUGUUCGAACCUGAAGAUUGGCUCGAGUGUCUGCUGCACCGACGGGUUCCUGAAGCCACAGCCUUACGAUAACGGCACCUGCUAUACAUACACGACACAGACCGGUGACACAUGCUACGACAUCGGCCUUGCCUGGAGUCUGACGGCCAAAGACCUUGGGAAAUUUAACGAUGGCACCACAUGGGGCUGGAACGGCUGCGACAACCUGGGUCACAGUCAGAACAUAUGUCUCAGCUCGGGCCGACCCCCGAUCCCGGCCGUUCUGCCCAACGCUAUCUGUGGGCCGCAAGUGCCUGGCACGAUCUUGGACAGCCCUAUCACCAACGCCUCGGAAUUUGCCUUGCUGAACCCGUGUCCACUGAACUCGUGCUGCAACAUCUGGGGCCAGUGCGGGAUUGACUCAAGCUUUUGCACCCUGUCCACCGGCCCCACGCGGAAUCCGGGCACAUCGAAGCCGGGAGUAUACGGCUGCAUCUCGAACUGUGGUACCGGCAUUGUUAAUAAUCAUGACGGUCCUUCGGGUGGCUACCAGCGCGUGGGCUACUAUGAGACGUUCAAUUGGGACCGUAAAUGUCUGCACAUGCGUGCACAGUGGUCCAACACACUUGACUACACCCACAUGCACUGGGCGUUUGGUUCUAUUGGUGAGGACCUGUCUGUAUACGUUAAUGACUCGCACAGCCAGUGGUCCGGCUUUAUGGAUCUGAAAGACGUCAAGAAGAUAGUUUCCUUUGGGGGAUGGGGUUUCUCGACGAAUGUGUCAACCUACGACAUCCUUCGCAAAGCCAUGGCCCCUGACAAUCGCCACAAGUUCAUCUCCAACCUCGUUGCCUUUGCCAAUAGAACGGGUGGUACGCAAGCUGCUGACACGACGCUCAAGGCACUACGACAGGAGCUACCAGACAAAUAUUCCAUUUCCAUUGCCGCUCCAGCUUCAUACUGGUAUCUCAAAGCGUUCCCGAUUAGCGAUAUUGCGAAAAUUGUCGACUACAUUGUUUACAUGGCUUACGAUCUACAUGGCCAGUGGGAUUAUGGCAACAUGUACACGCAGUCAGGAUGCAAAAGCGGCAACUGUCUUCGCAGUCAUGUUAAUCAGACUGAAGUGCUUCUGGCACUUGCUAUGAUUACCAAAGCAGGUGUGCAUUCUAACAAGAUAAUGGUGGGUGAGUCGAGUUACGGAAGAUCCUUCAAGAUGGCCAAACAAGGUUGCACAGGACCAGACUGCUUUUUCACUGGCACGAAUGAGACCUCCAAUGCGAAGCCAGGUCGAUGCACCGGUACCGGGGGCUAUAUCUCGAACGCGGAAAUCAAGGAGAUUAUUUCGCAUGGCGGCGAAUCGGUCAAGACCUGGUACGACAAGGACACGGCCUCUGACUACGUAGUCUAUGAGAGUGAGUAUCUUAUCUUUCCGACCUCUGCCAUCAUCCGCACUCAGCAUCAGCCGUCAAGGAGACCUUAUACUUAUGGAUUGGUAUACGCAGAUGAUCAAUGGGUAGCUUACAUGAGUUAUAACACCAAGCAGGCGCGAAGGGACACAUGGAAGAAACUCAAUUUCCGGGGGACGAUUGACUGGGCGGUUGAUCUCCAAGACUUCAAUGUGGCUGACACCGUCGGUCCUACGGGAGACUACAACAAGUCGUCGUGCAUCAAUGUCUUCGACAACAUGAUCUGGAACUGGGUCAACCCGGUCAUUGAUGCCCCCGUCGGGUGCACAAAUCUCAUCCAAGCGUCCCCGUUGGCGACAACGGUGACCCGCACGGCAUACACCACGAUCACGCUGGUGUCCGGGGGCACCGUCAGCACUACCAUUGUGUCUACUGCCUUCCUCGUUUCUGAGGUCGAUUACCAGCCGUUUACGAUCGCCUCCUCGGAUACGGAGAACGGGACCAUCAUCACAUACAAUCCCAUCCCGCGUGUGACGCCGAGCCCCAUGGGGAUCCAGGUGCCGAAAGGGUGGGCGAUCACUUCGCCCGACGGCGAGGUGGAUGGUCCGUCCACCACCACAGACUUGGUUGGUCUUCCCACCACUACCACCUCCACUACCACCACCGAUGCAGGAGGGUUCAUAGUCUACAUUACAUGGCAGCCAACGGUGAGCUACAGCCUGCCAUCAUUCGUCACACCCAAAAUCCCUGCACCCACCAUCCCUGACGACGACAACUCUCCCACCCCCAUACCUGAUCCAGGAGUAACCGACUGUAUCGGUGAUGCCUGCACUAAGGGGCCCGAUUGCACCGACAGCGACUGUACACGCGGUGGAGACUGUACCGGCCCCAGCUGUACCCGCGGUGGCGACUGCACCGGUCCAAAGUGCGUCCGGGGCGGAGUAUGUACAGGCCACAACUGCGAGAAAGGGGGUCGCUGCUCGAGCGAUCAUUGCGUCUCGGGUGGCGGGUGCUCGGGUGCCAAAUGCAACAAGGGGGGCGGAUGCUCAGGUGCCAAAUGCAACAAGGGUGGCGGCUGUGUGAAAACCAUACUGAAUAAUUGCAGCCCGGGACCCUGCGUCGGACCGUCUUGCAUUGAUAUGAGCUGCCCGUGGUGCGACAACGGUAUUACCAUCACGGUCCAGCCUGGGGGGAACCCUGCGCCUACACCCAGGCCUACCUGUCUGAACAACUGCCCGACAUUACCUUCCUGCGCGGGCGGCGCCACAUCGUGCAACGAGCCGUGCAACAUCAAUCGGUGCCCCGCGAACAGCAUGCCGACCGAAAAGGCCUGCACGAGCUUCACCACUGCCAGUGACUGCACGGUAAUUAUCAGCAGCACGGCGGUCCAUACCACCCCGACGAGGAGCUUCUCGACCACCACGCGAACUCGUUGCGAGACGGUGAUCGACUGCGACGUGCAAGAUAUGACAGUCACAACCACCAUCACCACCAGCGAGGUCCCGGACGCAACUGCCUCCCCAACGGGUAUAUACGACUACGAGAACGACUCUCACGAUAAUCAGGCUGUGUUUGCUGCCCUUGCAUCCGACUACGAUGAGUGGGAAAGGACCGCAGACACCACCACGACCACGACCACGACCACGACUACGACAACCAGUAGCACACCUACGACUACCACUUCAACCUCAAGUCCUAACCCUAACUACCCGAAUGAGUUCAUGAUAUUGAAGUACGAGGUUCACACGGUAUACUUUGAUUUGAGCGAGAAGCACUCCUACUCUUGGUCCGGUGACUACUACGCCUACAAUCAGGAUUCGACAACCGAGAACGUAUGCACCAACUCCUACCGUGUAACUGGCCCUAUCGACGCGGGCGCUAGUGAUGAGUAUCCCGCAUCACUGGGUACUUUUGAUCUCCCUGCACAGUACACGGGCUGCAAGUACUCCGGAAAUACCGACUCUGUAGGGUCGGUUACAUGCGGCUCAAAAACCUUCUCGUGCAGCAAAUUCCAAGAUUAUGACGGAAAAACCCCCACGUUUGAUUGCGGUAAGACUACAGCCGAUGGUGGUAGUACAUAUAUAUACCAUUACUACUAUGAGGCGAUCCAGUGUGUCAUCACUUACUAA